AUGCUCAGCUCGCACUUCAAAGCAGACGAACACUCUGCGAUCGUUCUCAAAAUUCUACCUCUAAAACAAUUCUCCAUAGGUUAUCACACCGAAGGUCGACUCUUACAAUACCUCUGCAUAAUAGAUCAACGCACAAUGAUUCACACUGGGAAAUGGGCAUACAGGAAAUACAAAAAUCCUCAGGCCAGAAAACAGGAACUGAACGCAUCAGCACAGGCUAAACAUGGAGAAUGGAUUGUUGCGUCUGAAGACGAGAUCUUUAUGAAGGCUGUGCAAAAUCUUGUCGAUGCCACACCUAUAACGCAACGAUCAGAUCGCACAUCAAGCCACACAAAGAUCGAACAACACCCUUUGAUACCAGCCCAGCGGACACUGCAUUCAUUCUCGUUAGCCGAAUCCAUGCUACCUUCACCUGAUCGGGGCUUUCUGAGAAGUUGCGAGCCAAGGGAGGCGCCGCAGGUUCCACCUUCCUCCGGCCAAGAGUCACAUCUACGGCAACAAUAUUCGCCAAAUGAACUUUCUAUUCUCUCGCCCCAAUCCUCUCAAUCAGCGGUCAAUGAGCCUGACGAAAUUGAAGUGCAUGGGAAGUGGAUCUGGAUACCUGAUAAUAUACCUCUACAGAAACAUCCAGGAUAUACUCCAGGAAUUCCGUCAACACCAGGAAUGAACGAACUUGACCUAGUUAGAGUAGAAUGUCUUGCAGAGCUGUUGUGUGAUCCGAGAGAGCUAGGCACCUCGGAAAACGAUCAGUUCAGGGGGCCCGUUCCUGCAGAGUUGGAUGGAACAGAACUGCCUUUCGAGAAUUCAGAGGAGCGAGGCCCUUACGCUGUGAAAGGUAAAUGA